ACUUUUAUCAUUCGCUCCUUUAACCUCGGGAUUUAAUUGAUACUGAUUUUGUAGACCAGUACCGUGCAAGGAAAUCGUCACCCAUGUGUUAUCACGUCACUCUGGAAAUCUGCUGCGAGGAGGAGUUUUCAAAUUCCUUCCCAAAUACCCUUCUAUUAGUGAGGUUCUUCGUCCUCUGCCACGCAGCGAGGAUAGCUUGGGCACUCCAGGAACUCGAACAUGGCGGGCCACCCCGCCCCCCGAUGCCACUGGUUUGUAUUAAGAACUGCCCAAACUAUGACCCCGAAUAUAUUAGGCUUGAACGUGUAUUCUUCACUAGGUGCGAGAAUUGUGUUAAAACAAAAGGCCCAGAGAAAUAUGGACUCAAUGAUGACGAUAUGCCUAUCAUUAUACAUCGUGAUAGGCUUCUCCGUGAUCAGCUCCAUGCGGCAGUCGCUUUGAAACCAUACGAUGAAGUAGUAUUGCGGCUUUAUACCGACUUUAAUAUUCACCAACGAUGGAUAUUAAGCGGCUCGCGAUGGAUCGUGGCUCAUAUCCCUAUCGGGGGGAAUGAUCCACUGGGUCCGAACCCGACAUACGAUUUAGAGGGCGUGAGAUGGUGGCUAGAACAGAGGAUUGGCGGUAUACGUCAAGAUGUAUUGGACUGGCUUAAGAGCCUUCCACCGUCAACGUUCGGUCCUGAUGAGCCACAGUCAUCAUCGGUCAUGGAACGUUGCCCCUCGCUGGCUAGUGAAAGUCCCCUACCAGACGAGGAUCUCGAUUCGUUAUUUGAUGGUGAGGACGACGAGGACGACGAGGACGAAGAUGAUGGGGAUAAAGAUGACGAGGACGACCGUCCGCGAUCGAGGGCGAGUGUGAAUUCGGAUUCAUCGAUGGAAGGCUAUGAAUGGUACGAUAAUUGGGCAGAACAUCACGCCUAUUUACCUGCCAAAUGUACCUACGAAGAAUUUCGUGCCCUGCAAGCAAGUCGCCGGCAAGGUAACUCGCAGCCUCAAGGUUUGACUGGGGUAAUACCCGAAGCGAAACAAUGAAGAGCAUCGCAUUAUUGCCCUGGCCUUGAAUCUUUAAACAUAAUCCGAAGGUUGUGGUAGGUAGUGUAAAAGCUAUGAAGCACUGAGUUGAACGGAUUGAUAUGGCAUAACUGGAAUCACGAAUGAUCACUAAAGAUUUGCUGGUGCUUCUUAAUGGUUUUAUUGUAUCGAAGAGAUACUUCUCGAUAUU